AUGUACAAGGCUGUAGUCUUGACGUCAAUUCUAUAUGGAACGGAGACCUGGACAGUGUACUCCAGCAAGACCAGGAAGUUGAGUCACUUCUUAUCUCAGUCACCCUCGCAGAAUACUGAAGCCGAGAUGGCAGAACAGGAUCCCGGACACGGAAGUCCUACAAAGGACCGGCAGAUUCAGUAUCAACGUCAUGCUGAGGCAACUGUAGCUGCGAUGGAGCAACCAUCUGGUGGGGAUGGACGACGAACGUUGCCCAAACAACUCUAUUGUGGAUAUGUUGCUGCGGGUGCUCGCCGACAGGCAGGUCAAAAACGAUGCUACAAGGACACUCUGAAGAACUCUCUGAAGCCACUACAGAUCAACACGGAGACCUGGGAGGACCUCGCCCAGGACAGACCAGCCUGGAGAUGGGCAGUGGAGACUGGCGCAGCAAUCCAAAAAGCAAACUGUAUCGCCGCUGUGAAAACUGAGAACACCGCUCACAAGUUAUAA